AUGCUCAAGUCACUCAGCAACGUGAUCUUGCUAGGUCAAUCAUUACAGGACCAGCUUCUACACGACGUGCUCAAAGAUGUUUUGAGCAAGCAGCAGCAGCCUGGUAUCAAUACUGCGGUCGUCGAUAAAUACAAGAAAUCGGUUAACCCGGUGUUUGCUGCAUCAGUGGGUGCUGCACGGCUAAAUUUGAUUCGAUCAAAUUUUGGCCGCGAUGAAAUCUAA